AUGGCUGUUCAAGCUCAGCUGACCCCUCUCUCCUUUCUCACUAAGAUCUUUUUCCCUUGCUUUGUGUUGCUACUCCCCCAUGUAAACUCAACUUCCUUCUCCUUCAACACUUUCUAUCCAAACAUGGGAGGCAUUUCCUUCCAAGGUGAUGCAUUCUCAUCUAGUGGAGUUCUCCAACUCUCCAGGAAUCAAAUAGACAACAAUCUCACUUACAGUGCUGGUCGUGCCUCUUAUAUUCGACCUGUGCACAUCUGGGAUGCCCAGACAGGAAGGCUCACAGACUUCACAACUCGCUUCUCUUUUAUUGCCAAGGAUGUUAAGGACCCAACCAUUUAUGGUGAUGGGCUAACUUUUUUCCUUGCACCUCUUGAAUCUGAAAUCCCUCCUAAAGCCGUUGGGGGUUACCUUGCAUUGUUUAGCCCUGAAACUGCUCUCAAUGCCUCCAAAGCAAACCAAAUUGUUGCAGUUGAGUUUGAUUCUUAUAGCAAUCCAUGGGAUCCAAGCUAUGAUCAUGUAGGGAUCAAUGUGAACUCCAUUUUCUCUGUAGCAGAAGUUAUGUGGAAAAACAACAUCUACGAUGGAGCAGUAGUAAAUGCAUGGGUGAACUACGAUUCUGUUACCAAGAACUUGAGUGUCUUUGUAAGCGAUGCCCAGAACCCAGUGUUCAGAGGGGUUUAUAGCUUCUCAUACACUGUUGAUCUCAGCGACGUCUUGCCUGAAUGGGCUCGAAUUGGUUUCUCUGCUUCUACUGGUACAGCAGUCGAAACAAAUGGCAUUCUUUCUUGGGAAUUUUAUUCAACCUUGUGA